GCUAAAGUACUAUCUACCUAUUACGUAUUUUGUGUCUGAUUUUCGAACCGCUCGCCGACUUCACCGAAUAAUCGGUUACGUUGGUUGGUUUAGUUUCUUUUAAUAUCCUGACGGAUCGUUAAAAGAAAUAAACUUAAAACACUUAAUCGAAAUGAUGUCGAACGCGUUGAAACGUACACUCGUUAAUCAUGGAUUACGGGAGUUCAAGAAAUCCUCAAUAUUUUUAACAUUAAGGACAUCAUCAUUGAGCACAUCGGCAGUUCUCAAAGGCAAUUCUGAGGUAGCUACUGAGUAUCGGGUCGAAAGAGAUACUUUUGGUGAGUUGAAAGUUCCUUGUGACAAAUACUAUGGUGCACAAACUAUGCGAUCAAAGAUGAAUUUUCCGAUUGGUGAUGCCUCUGAACGCAUGCCUUACAAUGUAAUUUGUGCAAUGGGUAUACUAAAGAAAGCUGCAGCAGAAGUAAAUAAGGAAUUUGGAUUAGAUGCAAAAAUAGCAGAUGCUAUUAGCAAAGCUGCGGAUGAUGUUAUAAGCGGUAAACUUUACGACGAACAUUUCCCAUUGGUAAUUUGGCAAACAGGUUCCGGUACGCAAACCAAUAUGAACACCAAUGAGGUAAUCUCAAAUCGUGCAAUUGAAUUACUUGGUGGUAAACUUGGAUCGAAAACACCUGUGCAUCCAAACGAUCAUGUGAAUAAAUCUCAAAGUAGUAACGACUCGUUUCCGACUGCUAUGCACAUAGCAGUCGCUUGUGAAAUUAAUAAAGUAUUGCUUCCUGGUUUGCACUGUUUGUACGAAGCAUUGAAUGAGAAAGCUGAAGCAUGGAAAGAUAUUAUAAAAAUCGGUAGGACUCAUACUCAGGAUGCUGUGCCUUUAACGUUAGGUCAAGAAUUCUCAGGUUAUGCAACUCAAAUUUGCAAUGGUAUUAAAAGAGUAGAAAAUACCCUUCCACGAUUAUACGAAUUAGCACUUGGCGGUACUGCAGUUGGAACUGGUUUAAAUGCACCGAAGGGUUUUGCGGAAAAAGCAGCGGAAAAGAUUGCACAAAUUACUGGCUUACCAUUUGUGACCGCCCCUAAUAAAUUUGAAGCUUUGGCUAGUCACGAUGCUAUGGUAGAAGUGCAUGGUGCACUUAACACGUUAGCAGCUUCAAUUAUGAAGAUAGCCAAUGAUAUUCGAUUUUUGGGAAGCGGACCGCGUUGCGGUUUAGGAGAACUGGCGCUUCCUGAGAAUGAACCAGGAAGUUCAAUUAUGCCUGGUAAAGUAAAUCCAACACAAUGUGAAGCAAUAACUAUGGUCUGUUGUCAAGUAAUGGGUAAUCAUGUUGCCACAACUGUCGCCGGUAGCAACGGGCACUUUGAACUUAAUGUAUUUAAACCAGUCAUAGUUGCAAACACAUUGAGAUCUACAAGGCUUCUAGGCGACGCUUGUGCCGUAUUUACAAAGAACUGCGUCGUAGGCAUUAAACCAAAUACUGAACACAUUAAGAAGCUCUUAAACGAAAGUUUAAUGCUCGUCACGGCAUUAAAUCCACACAUUGGUUAUGACAAGGCUGCUGCAAUUGCAAAACAAGCACAUAAAGAAAAUCUCACGCUAAAAGCAUCAGCGCUGAAGAAUGGCGUGACUGAACAACAGUUUGAUGAGUGGGUCAGACCCGAAAAUAUGCUUGGUCCUAAAUAAACAUUUUUGUUAAACGGAUAAAUUAUAGGAAUUCGAUUUUCGUUUAUUUAACUUAAAAUUUAUACUUAAUUUUAUGAACGUGAAGAGUAAUAUUUAUACUGCCAUCGAUAUUGUACAUGAAAAAUUGUCUUUCGUAUUUGUAUGU